UCUAGUUGAGGCAAAUUCAUGUCAAGUAAUGGCGGCGUUUUCUGUGUUGCGAACUAGAGUUUUUGUCGUUCUCUUUCCAAAACAUGAUCAUGAUUCUAUCUUUUGAUAAUGAAACUUCAUCAGGUAUUAACAGGGGCGACGAAUACAUUCGACGACAAGGCUGCAAUCGCCGUUGGCAGCGUAGAUGAUCACCCUUUCACGGCCUAUGCAUCUGGCUGUGAUGUUGUUAUCCUGUUGAGUGGCUUCACUCGAGUGCAGAUUAUUCCUGGUUCACUGUAUGGUUAUAAAGAAGUUAGCUGUAUUGACUGCUGUGAUUCUGAUGGAAAGAUUGCAGCAUCUUAUGGAAAACAGGUUAUCAUAUUUGAUGCCAAAUCAGCAACAGCUGGUAACAACCAUGGCUUUCCUUUUCAUUGGGAAAAAUCUGCAGAACUUUGCCUAAACUUUAGGAUUACUUGUUUGUCGUGGAACAGAGAAGGAAAACGACUACUUGUGGGAGGGGAUUUUAUUCAGCUGUGGAGCUGUGAAGACUACCAUGAACAGAGAAACUUAUUAGAGGAGAAUGUGUUUUGGACAUGUAUUUGGACAUGCAAGCCUUCUGUUCCAGUUCACCUUCUGCAGUUUUCUCCUGAUGGCCAGUAUUUCUGUUCAGUUGGAAAGCAUGAUCGUCUUAUCAAAGUGUGGUUUGACAACAACCAAGUCAAUCCACAAUAUGAGACUGAAGAGCUGCAAGAAAGAGGACAGUUUCUGAACAGUGGUGUUUUAGACUACACUUUUGUGUAUCUGGCUCAUCCUGGACCAGUGACAGGAAUUUCUUGGAGAAAAACCAGCAAAUAUAUACCUGUCUCAACUGUAGCCAACUGUCUUCUUACUUCAUGCACUGACAAUGUCUGCCGCAUCUGGUGUGAGUCCAUCAAGCAAGGUGACCACAAUGCCUCACCCUCCCAUCCCACAAAGAAUCAUCACAGGUGCAUGUGGCAUUUAUCACAGCAACCGAAAAAGCCUGCAGCCAAGGAUGACACAGCAGAAGAUCCUCUACUGAGAUACCAACUGCCAUCAGCCUUGCAAUUUCACAUCGCUGUUGCGGUGAAUGCUCUGAAUGAUAUUCCAAUCCUGUCCUCGCUUGAUUCCAUCUCAAGCAGUAAUCACAGUAGUUUUGUUCUUCACUGGUUGAACAACAAAGAAAUUCAGUUUACCAUGGCGGCUGAGUCGUGUCUUGGCGCACCAGUUCUCGCUCUUGAAGUGGAGAGUAUAGACAUCAGCGAUGACUCUUCCAACAGUGAGGCAGAGCUCUUGGUGCCGAGUGACGAGGAAUUUCCAGAAUCUUACAAACCUGUCACGAAAGAAAUACCUGCACCAGAGAUGGCGAAAGAAAUCAAGAUCCCUUCCACACCGAGACCAAGAACUCCUUUAGAUUACUUAAAACACAUCCAAGAUGACACACUUAGUGACGUUGAGGAAUCAAGUACUUACGCCGCAGUGGUAUCCUCAUGUAUUGGUAAUCUUCUCCACGAGUGGUACAACAGCCCUGACACACUUCUCGCUGUUCAUCCCGUAGAUGGUUCACUUCUGGUGUGGCUUGUGGAAUGGCUUGACGUGCAGAAUGGUGUACCAUACAGACAGCCUCAAGUUAGCUUUUUAUCACGCAUCCCCAAUGUUCUUCCCCCUGCAGACGCGAACUCUUUAUUGAACAAGCUCAUUGUUUAUUGUCCGAGGGAAGACAAAGUCCGAGCUCUGAGGAACGUGAUGGUCAACAAGAGUGACGUAGUCUUAGCAGGUCAGCGGACGGCAACAAAAGCCAACGGAACGGGACUCAACAUUUCCCGUUCAAGUUUUGGUAAUUUGACUGGAGGGACGCAUCCUACGGCUAUCAUGAUUUCAACGCACAGAGACGGUGCUCUGAACCUCUGGCAACUUGCAUUUGCUGACAACUCAUCAUUUUCUACUGUUGUUAGUGUUUCUCAUCAUGCCCGCAGAUGUGGACAUAGAUAUCCCAUCACUAACAUCUUAGCCCAUCCAGAGCUGCCCCUGAUGCUUUCCACGUCAAGUCACGAAAUGGAAGCGAGAAAGGGCGAAGACAAUUUGAACAAUGUGGAGUUACUAAGUAUGAUAGAUGACAAAAGCAAAACUCGAAAGCUACAUUGCAACGAACUCAUUGUGUGGAAGGUGGAGAGCGUGUCACCAUUACGGCAGAGUGGUGGAGUCAUGGAGCUCACGCGUGUAAACUCCUCUCGCCCAAAUGCUUUUCUGAACAUAGCUUGGGUUCCAACCCUUUUCUCUCACUCCCUGAUCUCAUUCGACAGCAGUACAUCGAUUCCGCCCCAUGCUGUCGCUCCUUGUGCGUGUUUUUUGGCCUUAGAUGGGACUUGUUACAGAUUUUAUCAAGUGAUCUUGGAUGCCAGAACUUUACAAGGUUAUAUAUCAAGCAACAAGACCAGAACACGUUCAACUCUGUAUUCAAGUGGUAGUGAAGGGAGUUUAGACUCAUUAGAUUUUGAAAGCCCCAGCAGUGCAGUUCCUGUUGAGUGCUUCAUUGAGUCAAUAGUCAGUAGACAAUCUGGCGCAACACCUGGCUGUAUUCUGAAGCUUUGUUCGUUAGCUGACUCUAAGGAUGUCCUACGAGAGCCAUUAUUACUGCACGUUUUCACAGAGAGCUCCGUAAAGUCCUCUUGUUUCUUUUCCUCUAACGAGAAACCGAGUAGUGGGAAUGAGGAAGAUCAUCAACAAAGUUCGCACAGAUCUGAAGACACUUUUUACGUGGUCGGUGUUGAGAACAUCAACGAUGAGCAAAGUGAUACUGUGUCUAUAAUUUACAUGUGGCAGGUCACUGUCACUGCUACCAAACCAGAAACGAGUCUGAAAGGAUCAGGCUUGGAGUCGCUAUCGACCUACCCAGAGGUUAUACAGCCUUUAAGUAGAAGCAACAGUAGCGCUUCCAACAGGAGUGCGAGUCCCCUAAACUUGCCCCAAUCAGGGCACGUGACUAGUAGUAUCGUAUCAAGGUGUGUUUGUCGACAGAAGCUUCCGCUUCCUAGUGGAACGACAAUUAAAACAGCUACCAGAGCUGCUGAUAAGAUGUCGUCCUCUGCGGUAAAUCCGACUUGUCCAGCGCGGUAUUUGUUCACGUCGUCGUGUUCAGAUGGGAAGGUAAGGUUUUGGUCAUGCAGGGAAAUUGUUUCAGAGGGUCGGUUCACGUGGGAAGAGACUUCAUGGCUGUCAGAUGGCAGGAAAUGUGCUCAUUCCACGGAGCAUUCAGACAGCCGUGUGUUAGGACUGGAUGCACCCGGGGAGGUGUUAUCGCUCAGUUGUGCCUACACAGGGAGGAUUGCCACGCUCUGCAGGAACACUGAAGAGCAGGAAAAAGAAAAGCUUGACUAUUCAGUGUGUAUCUGGGAGAAUGAAUCGUCAGGAGGAAUGGACUGGAUUCUGGAGGACACACUGAAACUCGACUGCAAGUUUCUCACCGAUAAUUCACAGAUUCGUCUAGAAUGGACUUCCGCCGAGGAUAGUACGUACAUUCUAACUGUUUGUAUCGGCAAUGAAGCCUUUAUUUUGGGGUGUGCGUCAAGAAUAGCCAAUACAACUGUGAGAGGGGAGAGUACGUCCACUGGCAAGGAAACAUGGCUGCUUCUUCACAGUGUUCAUUUGACAUCAGAGAACAAAUGGCAGCUGCUAACAAGAGCACUCUCGUGGAUACGCAAUGGAGUCCUUGUGGUAGGCCUGGGCACCGAAAUGCAGGUGUAUUCACAAUGGAGAGUAAUGAAGGACGGCACCCUCUCCCCCUCGGACACCAUGACCUUUGCUCCUACCGUAACCUUGCAGAAGGUCAGCGAAGUGUCCAGGGGAGGGUCAGGAAAGCUUGUCCCCUUGUCACUAACGCCAGGGGGUGGAAUUGGUUUGUUUGAGGGAGCCGGAACUAUAGCUCCUGUUUUACCUCAGUUUCAUCCCAAGCAUCUCAUGGAACUCAUGAACUUUGGCAAAUUAAGGAGAGUCCGGGCGAUAUUACAUCACUUGGUGUACUGUGUUGCUGGCCGUGAGGCCAUGGAAGCCGCCACUAAAGCUGUCGUCCAAUCAGCGCACAGCAGGCCACGUCUUAGCAGCAUGAGUAGCAUGAAGAGCAUUGGAAACGUGUCAAGCUCAAGCGAACCAGACCUAGAGGGACUGGUGCCCGACGAAAAAGAACGAGCACUUUGUGUUCCGCCAUUACCAAUGUAUGCUCUGCUUGCAGCUGAUAAAGACACUAGUGGCAGUGGAUCGGCUACAGCAGCUGAUUCAGUAGAUGGAACACAAGGAACAUCCGCUGAUGAAACAGACUACAGUGCCCUGUUUGAGUUAUCGCGUUAUGGCUCCAGUUUUGAAUCCGACGAUGAAGACAACAGAUUCUUAGAGAAAAAGAGAGCCAAGAGCAGCCCAACUCAUGUGGCACAGGCUGGUAGUCCGGUGCACUUCGGCUUGGCACAGGCUCAGUUGCUUUCCAAUCAGCUAAGCAGGAAACCUCUUCCCGGCUUGACCAGCAUUGAACAACUGGAACUGUUGGCUCUGGCAGAUACCUUUGCCUCAACCAAGCUCGACUUGGAGGAAAGUCCUGGUUCAAUUGAAAGAGGAGUGAAGUUUGCGAAGAAAGAGGAGGAAAGUUACAGCAGCGUAGGUGGUCUGAUGGGAGGUCCCGGUGGAGGCGGAGGUGGAUACGCUACAACAGGAAGCAUUGGAGCAACAGCAGGGAGUGGCGGAGAUGCUGUGGAUGAGUGUGGGUUGCGCUUUUUACUUGCCAUGAGACAUCAUACCUGCCUGAUGAGGUCACUGCCUCCUAAACACAGGGCAGUGCUUGAGGAAAGGGGCUUGUCAUCAUCAUAUUACGGAUGGGCGUUUCAUUCUGAAUCCGAGGAGGAAUUAUUAGCCAUGGUUCCUCCCGUGCUGAGAGGUGAGGCCACUUGGUCGGAACUGAGACGUUACGGCAUUGGGUGGUGGGUGAGGAGCAAUGAUACGCUGAGAAGGCUGAUAGAGAAGACUGCUAAAGCACAGUUUUCAAAGAACCAAGAUCCCAUUGACUGUGCUCUGUUUUACCUGGCCAUGAAGAAAAAGAAUGUAAUCUGUGGGUUGUACAGAACUGUAAGAGACACGAAGAUGUCGCAGUUUUUUGCUCGGGAUUUUACACAAGACAGAUGGCGCAAGGCAGCUCUCAAGAAUGCUUAUUCUUUGUUAGGAAAGCAGAGAUUUGAUCACGCCGCAGCGUUCUUCCUUUUGGCUGGCUCUUUGUGGGAUGCGAUACAGGUUUGCAUCAGUCGAUUGCACGACGUUCAACUAGCCAUGGUCCUCGCUCGGCUGUAUGAGGAAGACGCUUCAGGGGGGGUCCUCUACACUCGCAUCUUAAAGGAGUGCUUGCUAGGUCAAGGUGGUAGUGCGCAUGAGCCAACUCAGGACCCAUUCCUCAGAAGCAUCGCUUACUGGAUCUUGAAAGACUACAACCAAGCAUUGGAAACAUUGAUAUUUGAACCAACAGGACACAAGUCCCAGGAGAAAAAAUGUAAUUCUUUAGCCGCAAGCGGUAAUCCUGAUGUCUUCAAUUUUUAUCUCUACCUGCGCAAACAUCCCCUGAUUAAAAGAAGACGAUUCAUGUAUGAACACGACAACAAGAUCAAAAUGAAAUCAGGUGUGAGAAACCUUUAUCUCAGACAGGGAAGCAUCCGCAAAGAGGAAAUACUUGACGAACCUUUGACGCCCAUGGAGAGGCAACUGUUUUUCAAGACUGCUCACGCGCAUUUGAAUUCUGGAUGUCCCGCUUUAGCGCUACAGGUAUUGAUGGAGCUUCCAGCUACUGACAUAUCUGCGGGAGAUGCCAGCACUGUUGCGGAAGGUGAUUCCCCCCUGGAGGACACUAGCAACAUGGCAGACGAUGUGACAGGUGAUAUGAUCAGCACAGGAACACUCGGCGAUUUUUCCUUCGGUGGCGCUGAUACAGCCGUGAAUGGGAGAGCUGAUGACUUCGAUUGGAGUAAGCCAGUCUCGUCCAAGCUUGGUGGCGAUUCAGCGGCUGAUUUUGACUGGAGUCAGCCUUUAGCGCCUGAUCUAGGAGGUGGAAGUGUCGACGAUUUUGAUUGGUCAAAACCUGUGUCGUCUAAAUUGAGUGGUGACGGUCUUGACGACCUUUCAAAUGGAUUUGAUUGGAGUCAACCUGUGUCCGAGAAGCUGGGUGGACUGGGGCUAGAUGGUGUAAACGGCUUAGAAUCCAACCAAUCAUCUUACCCCAACAAUAGUUACGAAACUAAUGAAGACUCUGAGUAUAACAAAGACAACACCGCAAGUGAUUCUAAGGAACAUAAUGAUGAACUUCCCUCCAAGCCUAAGGAGACGCGACAUUUGGACGUAGUUGCACAACAGAUGAAGUUUUCUGCAAUUAUUAAACUCUUAAUCAACGAACUACACGGUUUGCCAUCAAGUUGCGAGAUUGCUGAUGAAGAUUUGCGACCGUUUUUCAUCAAGUGGUUAGAAAAAGAGCUCGGAGUGCUACACAAGAUGUCUGACUAUGGUAUUGUUGCAGAGGAAAGUGAAGAUGAGGAGGAAGACACUGUUGAAAUUAACAUUCAAUCAGCAGAUGAAUCGCAAGAGGGAAGUGCGGUAGAUAAAAAUUACAUUGCGUUAAAAAUCGAUCGCUCAGCCAAGCAUAUUCAGUGGCUGAAAAAGAACCAGAAGCUUCUCACAAUUUUACUGAAUUAUUGUUCGCUUCACGGAGCUAGCGGCGGAGAUCUAGCAGCAAUGAAUAUGGAACUUCUACUUCUCCUUCAUGAGGUGGAGCAGAUGCAUUCCUUGGUAUCUCCCCUGCGCGUACCAUCAGCAGGACCUUCUGUUCCACCUCUCAUCCUGGCCUCAGUAUCUGCUUCCUCGUUUCUGGCCAGCCCUCUAGGAUUCUUACAAUCUCUCACGCAGGAUAUUCUUCGAUUUGUGUUCAGUUUGCCUGGUCCACCAUCCCCCAGCCAUCCGAUUCGCUUGGCAAAUGUGCUGCAUAACCUAACAGGAACCUUGUCAGACUGCAUCUAUCAAAGUUUAACCGGCAUGACUCAGGAAGAGAAUUCUUCGAGUGGGUCAAAGCCUGCCACAGAGAAAAGCAGCUCAUCGGAUGCAAACAAACCAGCAGCGCUUUCCGGUGCUCCUUCCAAGUGGCCAGGUGUUCGCUUGCUCCUCUCGCUGCUGGCUACUGAACAGAAAGAUAACAGCACCAAGCUGCGGAUUCUGUUGGCAGAGUCGUGUGUUGCCGUAUACUUGAGUCUGCUUGCUCUUGCAUGGUCCAAUUCUCAACCCAAUCAACUCUAUCGAUUGGUUGUAAAUUCACUCAAGUCGGGCAUGUGGGGUUUGGUGUUCGGUGGAGGCCUGAGGACCGCUGUUCAACAAUCUGCUGGCGUAGGGACUGAAGUCAAAAAGAAGCAAAGAACUUCGGCGGCUGUCAAUCCUAAUGGGCGAGGAAGAGGUGACAAGUAUUGGCAAGGUGCUCGGCAAAGAUGGAACUUCAAGCUGCUAGGCCAGAGUCUGACAGAAACCAUGUCUCAGUGGCUGUCAACUGAUGUGAAACCUGUUUACGUUGAGCAGUUCAUUCCACCAAGAAGUACUCUUAUGGAAUACUUUAUCAGCAAGCCCCCACUAAUUGGAGAGAAAGGCGUGAAACAUUACGAUUCUGAAGAUGAUGCAAGCGACUCGGAAGAUGAUGACUUGUUUGAAAGUGACGCUGAAAGUGAUCUUGAGUAUUUCUCAACCAAACGAAGGAAGAAAACUGAAGCACGUGAUCACCUAGAUCCUGAAUCUUAUGGCUGGUGUCUCAUGAAUUACACCAUUGGCAAACUGGUGCUCACUAAUUUACAAUCUUUUCUGCCAGAUGUGGGAUUUGAACUAACCGAUUUACCCUCUUUAUCACCUCAGUUACAUGCGGCUCUGAAGACGGUGGAGCGCUGGACCCAAACUUUCCUCGACAAACUCGAGACUUUCCAGGGACCUCCCCCUGACUUCAUCUCACAGUUCCCUGUAAGCCAAGAUGGAUUUCCAAGAGGUGGACGAGCUUUAAUGAGAUACAAGGCUCUGAUGGAUCCACAAAAUACUCCUUUUAGAUCCACUCGUAACUCUGCAGAGCCUGUUAAACGGUUAUGGCGAACUUUGGUACAUCAAGAAGCUAUACAGGAGAUCUUCAUACAGAAUAUCUUCAAGAAUGACAUGACGACGAUGGAAGAGUUUGAUCACGUGGAUGUUGUAUCAGACGCAAAGCCUGUGAAAGUUUUAUAUAAAGACCCAGAGGGUAUCAACACGUUUUGCAUCAACAAGGCAAAUCCAAACUGCAUCGCUGUAGGGAGUCUCAAGGACGUAGAAGAAGUGGAUAUUUCUCGCGUGUUAAGUCCUGAACCUCUGCUGUGGGCUGAAGAUGAAGUUGAACGCGAACAGAGUGACGCUCAGCGAAGAAGUGAUGAGUCCGAUUUUAAUCAAACUGGAAAUAUCAGCCCUCAGAAGAGUACACCAGGUGGACAGUCUCUUCACUCAGGCACAGUGCUAUUCAGGAGAACUGUGCAUGGUGUCAAACGGAUGGAUUCUCACCCUCAUCUCCCUUACUACAUUUCCGGCUCUCAAGACGGAAGCAUUCGUAUGUGGGAGUUUGGUCAUGCGCAGGAGAUCACAUCCCAUCGUACAUCUGGUUCGCAUCAAAGAGUGACGAGAGCACGGUUCAGUCCGCAUGGAAACAAGGUCGGAAUUUCAGAUGCCAGUGGUCAGUUGCUUUUAUGGCAAGUUAGUAGUACAUCCACAUCUGCUGAUCCUUUUCUGACUCUAAAGUGUCACAAUAAACAGACCAAUGACUUUGCGUUUGUUGGCUCCUCGAGCUUUAUAGCAACGGCAGGACACUCCUCGGAUGGAAGCAAUGUUUGCCUUUGGGAUACUUUAGUCCCUCAGCACAGUUCACUUGUUCAUGCAUUCAUUUGUCAUGAAAAUGGAGCGCCCUGUCUUGCCCACGUUCCUGGUCAGCAACUACUCAUUUCAGGAGGACGUAAAGGAAAUAUUUGUAUAUUUGAUCUACGACAACGUCAACUGCGACACACAUUUUUAGCUCAUGAUGCGCCAGUGAAGAGCAUAGUUGUGGAUGAAAAUGAAGAAUUCUUCAUUUCAGGCUCUGAAGAUGGCGAUAUUAAGGUCUGGGGUUUGUCAGUACACGAAGAGUUAGAGUGUUACCCAAAAGAACAUGGCAAAGGGGCUUACCUUCUCAAGUAUGGGACUCAGGGUGUGGCUCUUAUGAACCUCCACAAUGGACAGUUGUUCUCUUGUGGGGGAGAUGGUACAGUGAAAUGGAGGCAGCUCUCAGUUAGAGAAACUAUUGUCAAUAGCAAACUGCUUUGAGAUGAAUUCUUGAUCUCACAAUAUUCGUUGUGUAAGAAUUGGGGUGACAAAGAAACCUUCAAGGAAUAAAUUAAUGGCAAGCAGUUUUAACUGCUACAGUUGCAUUGACAGAAGCGGAUUCUCAGCUAUCUUUUGGUUGUUGUUUGUUGCCGAAACUUUUUUUGUACUGCUUCAAAUGACUGACAAUGUAUUCAUGUCGGGAAGACUGAUAUUGAAAAGCGAUAAUGGUAGUCAUUUUAAAUGGUUUAAAAUGCAAUGAGCACUGUUGCAAAUAAAGAAUAAUAGAGAAUUCUAAUCUCUAACUAUACAAUAAGUAUAGGUCGAAGAUAACUUUUAUCACAAUAGUCACUGCCGAGUUGAGUAGGAGAUUUGAGGAAAACUAGGAUUUACCUUUAUAUUUCCUUAUAACAGUUUUCAUUUGUUAUUUCUUCACACAAAUUGAGUUUGUUUGGUAUGAUAAAUACAUUGAUAUUCUAAAAGCAGGUGUAGAAACAAUAAUUUAUAUAAUUAAUCUGAUGAACUUAUUUAUAACAUUUUAUAGCAAAAACAUUGUGCAAUGAGUUUAAAAAUUUUUCCAAUUAGGAUAAAACAUAUUUGAGUUUCAAGCUGAUUGUAAAGUUUAAUGUAAAUAGAAGUUCAAAGAUCACUCAUCUUUAUAUAUUCAAAUUGAGAUUUGACAUUUAUGGAUGUGCAAGCAAUCAUUUCUAGGUGAAGGUGUUCACUUCAAAGGAGUGCUUCCCCAAUGUGCUCCAAAGCACAAUACUGGUUUAAAAAGAAUUGCUUUUUCUGGACAUUGAGCUUUUCAUUCUGCAUGUUUGGGGCUCUGUAACGUUUGGCAUGUCCCUCUGCUGAGACAGCAUUUCCCUAAGCUUGUGUCAUUGUGAGGAACAGGAAUUUAACAAGAAUUAACAUAGUGCUGGAAAAAAAAAUUAUGGAAAGUUUAUUUCAUUAGGUUUUCAUAUAUUUUUUUUAACCUACACCACAAGCCAUCAAGUUCAAAGCAAAAUAGUAUAGAAAAUAUAUUAGUGUUCACAACAGAUGUUUUUCACUGUCAUCAGCUUUUUUGUUCUUACUCCGGCCUAUCAUUUGAAAUUGAAAAUACAACUACCUGCAUGUAUUUAUUAAUAAGUAAUUCUUGAUUCCCCAGACAUCUCAGGAAGAUUGGCCAAUUCUUAAGGGUUAAAAAGAAUAAAUCAGUAAUUUCUUCAAGUCACUGACCAUCUCAUCGGAAAAAUUAUUUCAGCUACAUGAUAGAGUUGUGCUGCUAGGCAUGGGUCACUUCAAACAAAUUUUGUAUUCACUAAUAUUAAUGGCACAAAUUAAAUUAUAUAUAUUAAAAUACAGCAGUAUAGAGUAUAAUGACAACUGUUUCCUUAAGAAAGGUUGCCUCUCUAACACUGCAACUAAAUGCACUACACUCACUGAUAACAGUGUAAUAGCACAAAAAAUUCCCCCUUGAUAAAAUUAAGAGUUCUAUAGUGUAGCCAGUUGUCAGCCUUGAUCACAAGUACACUACAUCAAAUCAUCCAAUUGCAUCUCUAAGAAGGUUUCAAUUUCAUGUUAGGAUUCCAAACAGGUAUUGCACCUGCAAUUGAUGAAAUUAAUCCCAGUAACCCAGCCAAACCAACAUUCAACUCAAUUACACCCAUAACAUUGAAAGGCAACAGGAAAUCAGCUGAAUUCUUGA